CGCUCCGGAUAGUGAUUAAUCUGUGAUAAAGUUUCGUCGCAUACAGCAUUGCAGUUAAGUCAUCAGACCUUAGAUUUGAUUUUGCACCAUGGGGAAGAAAGACCUACCACCAACAUUGCUGUCGAUGCCACUGCACGAGGCGGGUCUGAUAAGCGACCCAGAUGUGGGACUGGUUCCAGCACCCGUACAGCUCACUUGCGAUUACCUCAGAAAGGAAGGCCUCGAAUCCGAGGGACUAUUCCGAAAAGCAGGAAAUAGCAAGCGAAUAGAUCAAUUGUUAAGUGAUAUUUCUACAUACUAUCUCGAUAGAGAGCACAGUUGUGUGGAUAAUCCUGAACGAUUGAUGUUUGAUUUGCUGGGGCAGCCCCUCCUCUCUGUACAUGACGUAGCUAACGCGCUGCUACGAUAUUUAAGGAAUCUGCCAGAACCUUUGUUGUCUAAUCAGUAUAUACCCGUUAUAUGUCAGAGUCUGGAAGAAUAUCAACUAGCUGUGGGUGAAAAUGGGGGUAUUUUCAAUCUAAAAGAGGAUGCAGCCGAAGAAACAUUGGUGGAUGAGAAAGAGGAAGAAGCCUUACAAUUGUUACUGGCUAGGAUGCAGUACAUGAUCACUAAGAUGUUACCCCCAGCCAAUCGCGCCACAUUGAAUGUUGUGAUUGAUCUAUGUAUAGCUCUCUCGAAUGAGCAGGCUACAAACAGGAUGACACCGGCGAAUAUUGGAGUUUGUAUUGGCAUGACAGUAGCCACACCAACCGUCUUACAGCUCAUUAUACAAUUUAAUGAGAUAAUUAUCCCGAAAGACGAGAGCAAGAAGUUUGCGGGGGCCAUUGGCUACCAGGCCAUCGCAGGUUUAGACUUCACACGCACGGUAGAAAGUAUGCCAACAUUUACAUUGGGCAGUGGUAGCAGCGCGACUGACCAAUUUUGUCUGGGUACGCUUACUUUUCAUGGAGGUAUGAAUUCGAGUUAUACGAUGGACAAAAAAGAGAGGCCCAGUAGCUGGAUUGGGGGUGGCAAGCAGAAAGAUAAGGAUGAAAAGCGAGUAAGCACCACGGCACCACGGAUGGGUGGCACGCUCGAAGAGAAGGAACGCAAAAG